AUGGCUGAUACAACCGUGAAUGGUCCGCCUACGGUGGUGGACAAGAAACGAGCAGAAACCGUGAACAAUCAGAUCGUAUCCGAGAAAGCAGUCGUCUGGAAAUCGAUGACUUUCCGUCAGAAAUGGUCCUACUUCACCAGCAACAUCACCGUCGAGCCUAUGAUCGCUUGCUACGUGAUCCCGUGUAUGCUAGCUAGCCUAGCCACGCAGAAUCUCAGCUUGGAGAAAGCGUGUAGAGUGAAUCUGGCGUAUCCCGACGAAGUUUGCACAGCUUUGGCUAAAAGGAACACGACAGGCUACGAGGCAGAGGAAACUGCUGUUCAACAGCUAGUAGCCGGUAUGCAGACGUGGAAAACAGCUCUGUCCAGCGGUCUGCCGACGAUGUUGAUCCUCUUCGUAGGUGCCUGGAGCGAUCGUACUGGUUUGAGGAAGCCGUGUAUGCUAUUGCCGAUCGUCGGUGAAUUUCUGAGCAGCGUCAGUAUGCUGUUGUGCACGUACUUCUUCUACGAAGUAUCGAUGGAAGCUACCGGGGUGUUCGAGGCACUGUGGCCGGCGCUUAUGGGCGGUUGGUUCACCAUGUUCAUGGGUGUUUUCAGUUACAUCGCGGAUAUCACGUCUGUGGAGUCUAGGACGCUUCGUAUCGGUGCUGCGAACGUUUUUUUAUCGCUAGGAGUGCCGAUCGGUAUGGCGUUGUCCGGGAUAUUGUAUCUGAAGCUCGGCUUCUACGGCGUAUUCAGCAUCUCGACCGUGUGCUACGUGUUGAGCUUCGUUUACGGUUUGGUGGUGAUCAAAGAGCCGCCCAGGCCACAUUUGCUGAAGAAGGAGAAGAGCAAGGAGAAAAAGAUGUCGGUGUGCGCGUCGAUCUUAGAUUUCUUCGCGUUCAAACACAUAGAGGAGACGUUUCGAGUAGCGUUCAAGACAGGGAGGAACAAUCGACAGAAGAGGAUGCUGGUGCUGAUGAUCAUCGUUAUGGUCGUCAUUGGACCUCUCUACGGUGAAAUGGCGGUGAUGUACCUGUACAUGAGAUACAGGUACCAUUGGAACGAGGUGAUGUUCAGCAUGUUCACCACAUUCGCCAUGGUGACGAAUUUAAUUGGAACUGCAGUGUCUGUGGGUGUGUUCAGUCAUAUUUUAAAGAUCGACGACGCGAUCGUGGGAAUAAUGAGCUCUAUGAGUAAAAUUUUAGCUGGUUUCGUUUACGCGUUCGCUAUCACGGAUUGGAUGAUUUACGUGGCGGCUAUCGUCGAGAUCGUGAAUGGAACGUCGUUUAUAGCGAUGCGAUCGAUAGCAUCUAAACUUGUAUCAACAGACGAGCUUGGCAAAGUGAACUCGUUACUAGGCGUCUGUGAAUCGUUAAUGCCACUGAUCUACGGGCCUAUGUACAGUUCCAUCUACGCUACAACCAUGAAAACUUUUCCGGGGACGUUCUUCAUUGUCGGUGCUUGCAUGACAAUGCCGGCCGUUGUUGCGUUCUUCUGGUUAUACACAGAGCACAGGAAAGAUCGUCAGCAGCUGGAGCAAGAGAAGAAGACGAGGAUGAAGGAGAUCGCCGGCGAGAAGAAACCGGAAGCUCCUACGAUGAACGGCGUCACGAACGCGGCCUUCGAAUCCGAACAAUUGUAACGCACGCUUCGCCCGAGAAUACGUAAUUUUUUUUUUUUUUUUCUAUCAACAAGAAGAGCAAAAAGAAUCCGAAGAAGAACGCCUAACAAACGACGAGUGUACGACAAAAAUGAGAGAGGUCGAUGAAGAUAGAUGUAAGAAUUAUUCACGCUGAGACAACUUAUUAACGAACAGUCGCACCGAAACAGGCGAUACUCCUUUUUUUUUCUACGUGCGAACAUUUUUCAAUGUACAAAGUAUGAAACGAAGUAUAAAGAAACAUUUCGAUAACUGAUCAUACUUUUCACUUUGGUACAUUCGAAUCGAAAUCAAAACAAACUAACACUGAGACAAGCGCCGAAAUCUUAAAUAGCAGACGAAGUCACACCACUUACUCCGACUCGAGAGAACAAAACGUUUCGAAUAAAGGAUAACUUCUCCAUCGACUCCAAUUUGCAAUGACGAGAAAACGAAAAAGGAAAAAAAAGAACGACAACAGAACAGAACAGGAAAAGACAUGAACUUUAUUCACGGCAAUAGGUAUCCUUUAUUUCAAGCCCUAGUACAAAUAGUCUCCGGUACUUAAUAAAUAAAUGGUAAACAAUAUACGAAUGUGGAACAGAUUGUCGAUAAAUUCUGUUCAGGCGUAUCAGUAUUACGAAAUGCUACUUGCAUACACACACACACAUUUUACUUUUUUUUUUUCUUCCCAACCAUCGCGAUAAUACCGUGAAAUGAACGAAGAGAAGAGAGAGAGAGAGAGAGAGAGACA